AUGGCCAUCAAGCUCGAGACACACAACGCCCCCUCCGAUACGCCCGUCGAGGAGAAACCGGUAUGGCAGCCACCACAACCGCAGCAGCCAAUGGAGACCCAUGGCAACGCUGGGAUGGGCAGAGUGACCGAAACACUGGGCAUCGAGCCGGAUUUCAUCGACUGCAGCUUUUGCCAGAAGCGAAACAUGACAACGGUCAAGCGGGAGCCUAGUCAGGCGACCUUGGUCGCCCAGUUUUUUUGUGCGCUGGCAUUCUUUCCUUGUUGCACCUUGUGCUUGUAUCCGGUACCCAAGAAAAGGGAGUGGUGGUUUAACACGAGGCACAAGCGUUCGAUGUGCGACAAGGACGUGGCAUUCAUCAGCCAUGACAUUAACCGUAUUGAUGCGAGAUAUGUCCAGUCGCAAUUUGGGAGUUGA